AUCACUCCACAAUCCACUCACAUUAUGAGUAUUCUGCCACAGUAAAAGAUGACUAUAUAAUCCUUGUACGCGGAGACGGUCGUAAGUCGCUGAUCAUUCAGAAUGAACCCCCUCAUCUUCACCAACGCUUUUGCAUCCGUUCACAUCGGCGUCAAAGAAUGUUUUUGCGGCAAACCGACUAUUGAAGAUCACGAUUUCUACUUCUGUUCUCCUGGAUGUGCUCGCGCAGAUUCCUUGCGCGCUCUAGGCGGUCAAGGUGACUGUCAUUAUCGCAACGUCAUGCAGAGAGCACAUACCGGCUCGGCUGCUCCAGAGCGCGGGCUGUCAAGGCACAAGUCGGCGCACCAGCUUCGCAGUCUUUCAACCUCGAGACAUGUUUCCGUGUCACAGCAUCCUCUACAUCACCCUAAAGCAACGAAGGCCUUGCCCACAAUCGAAGAAGUCACGAGUACUCUUCUCGCUCAACAAGGAAGACAUGAAGGCGGAGACACUUCUGCUCACGGUCCUCGGCGGCCCUUCGAGUCACGGAACGAAUCAGUUGAUGGACAAAGAUCCCCUCUUCCUCAGCGGACCCUCAAGCGCUCGUUGCCGUCUGAAGCAGGGCUUAACAAGAAUAUUCGUAAUUCGAUCGUUGCUCUUUUCCGGAACAAUCAGACUUCCCAGCCUGAUGCGAAGAUUCGAAGAGAGUCGUCGAUAACUGGAGCGAUCUUACAAGAAAUGGAGGAGGAAGACGAGGAAGAGGCUGCUUGGCAGAGACUUCUGAACCGCACGGAGGACAGGUCAAGGCCCCCUACCUUGGUUCACCAUCAAGUCAGACAGACCACUGCUGCUCGGCAAUCACGUAUCAUUCGUCGCUCGGCUUCGUUCGCAGGCUCGAGAAGCCAAAUUGACGACAAGAGAGGAACUGUAAUGGAGGUAGUGUUCCAACUUCGUCAAGCGUGGAACGAAGCAGGAGACUUUAUGCCGGACUUUGAUGAGAGGUCAGACGAUGAGGAUUGUUGAAACCACAUUUUGGAGUGCUCUAGCCAGGUCCAGAUCUGUUGAAGAGAUAGAAUGCUGAAACCCCCGAUGUAUGAUAUGA